AUGUCCACCAUCCCAGGACCACUGUCCGAAGAACAUGGAUCAAUAUUUGAAAGCCAUGGACCACACUUCUUCUCUCGAAUCUCCAAGGAGGAGGGGAAUGAGAGUAGAAGUGAUGCUCCAGAUGCUGCUUUAUGUGAAACCUAUCAUAUAGAGCUGUCGGCAAAUGGGCUAGGUAUCAAUGGUAUUGUCUUUACUGGGCUGAGGGCAUGUGCUGACGUUUCAGCUACAGAACUUUUCGACUCCGACAACCUUGAAGAAGGCCAGCGGACAAAUAUCGGAUCUGCGACCAUCUCCAUGAUCGAGACGCGCUUCCAGGAACCUGAGAGCGUCUACAGAAGCUGCAAGAUCGAGCAGCUUGAUUUCAAAUUCGAGAACAUCCUGAUCAAGAUGGAAGCAUUCGCUGUGACCCUCCGCCGCAUCCAGUCCUUCUGCGUCGAGCAUCAGGCCGAGCAUCUCGCGAUGGCUCCUAUUCAGGGCUCAUGCUGGUUCUCUGGCCUUCUCAAGCCCGCAGGCUUCAAUCUUUGUGAUUGCGAACGUCUUGACAAGCCUGUUGGUGUCGGAUUUCAAUUAUGCAUGGUCCUGCCAACUCCGCCAAUCGAAUCACCAACACGCAUCAAUGAAGACUCUCCCAUGGACGAUACAGCCGUAAGUGAGAGAGAUGAGGUAGCAGCGGCGGCAAAGGACAGAUUUGCCAGGGAAUUGUCAAGUAUAGGCGAUCAAUAUAAUCGGUUGAUGGAGAAGAUGCAGAAAGAGGCCAAGGUAUUAGGAUUCCAACAAGUGCCAGCGGAAGGCCGAGUCUUCUCAAAUGCGAGCACUAGCAUAGGGCGAAUCGACGAAAUACGGCGUACCCAAUACUCGGGCGGGAAGGAUGUUUUAGCUCCAAUCUCCAAUGGAAAGACACGGGCUUCCCCUUCAGCUGGAACUGCCUCGAUAGCGCCUCCUCAUCGAAACAUGAUCAAUGAGACCAGGGCGAUCGCGCUUACUGAAAACCGUGCCAAUACUGCUGCUGCAGAUAUGAAGAGAGAAGACCCGCUGUUCAUAGCCGCACUCACAUCAACCAUGGUCCAGCAAGGCCAAAUCGUCGGUGUCGGUAGCAGCAACUCCCAAACAGCCGACAAGCCAGCGAACAAGGCCGGAGGGCGACCUGGCCAGGAUUCUGGAGCAGUCGCUGAGGGCAGCCCGUUCGAAAAGCCAUCUCUGCCUCAGCGUCAGGGCAUUGUUACAAGUCCAGCCGCAUCAGAGGAAGCAACGGGCCCGGAAGGUUCGACGCCAGGUCCUCUUUCAAAGAAGCGAUACUGCACGUACUGGAUCCGAAAGGGAGAGUGCGAUUACAUGCAAGAAGGUUGCAGAUACAAGCAUGAGAUGCCAGUCGACGAAGAGACGCAGCAGAGAAUUGGUCUUCGCGAGAUCCCUUUAUGGUUCAGAGAGAGCCCGGAGUACGAGCAAUUCUUGCAGCAAGUACAGCAAAGACGGUCAGCAACUGGAAGAUUGACUGAUGUCGGCUCUGACAAGAAAAACCCAUUCACGGCCCAAUCAUCCCGCCGAGGCUCUGGUCGAAGCGGCAACAAUAUUAGCUCGCAUGGGGGCCGAGGGACUGCGACAACAAGGCGUGAUCCUGUUCAGAUGGGCUCCUACACCGUGCAGUCCCCACACGAAAAUUUCGAUCAAAGCGCCAUGGCAUCCAGUACCGAAGCAAAGACGGCUCGUGCCGGCCCGCCUUCAGCUUCCAAGAUCAAAGACACUCAGGCUGUCAACACGACAGCGAACAGGCGAUCGAACAAAGAGAGUUACAAGCCUUCGAAAGUCAUAGCGUCUUCCUGCGGCAGUGACAUACGAACGGCCACCAAAGAAAAUCCUAUCGUCAAGGACAGUAACAUCGAAGAGUCACGCAAAGGCUACGCAGAGAACCGUGGUGGAUCUAGAUACCGCGCCAGCAGUACGCAUUCGGGCGCAUCCGAGGGGGGUGUCCCCUUAUCACGCUCAGCCACCGAUUCCGCACCAUCGAUGCUACCAGGAAGAACGAAGAGAGAAUCCUCAAGCCCGUUUUCAGACACCAGUGCCCAGAAAGCCAGACCAGGGCUGGAAGGAGCAAAGAUGGGAAGGAAAAAUGGUCAAGCUCGCAACUAA